CUUGGAAAUGGCAAAGUUGCAAAAUUGCUGGCAGCUUUUUCUAGUGCUCCUAAUCCUAGGGCUAAUGCCUGGCAUGAGUGAGCAGGCAGCCCUGGCCGAUUCGGAUUACUAUACGGCCGGAGUUGUGGAGUUCCGACAGUCGAUCCUCAGUUUGUCUGCCUGGGCAGACGCCCUCGAGGGCUAUGUGGAGAUAAUAAAUUCUGAGAAUGCCAGUGCCACGGACAUCAUUGUCUUUCCCGAGAGUACCCUAAACUCCGCGGGUUCUACGACUUUUGUACCCAAUCCUGUGGAUAAGAUAAAUCCCUGUUUGAGUGAUCCUAACUUUACCCUCUAUGAAGAGUUCCUCGUGACCCUCUCAUGUGCGGCCCGCAAUGCCAGCAAGUACAUUGUGAUCAAUCUCACCGAGAAGCAGAAGUGCGAGGAUGUUCCGGAGGACACAAGGCCAUGUGCUUCUAACGGACUGAAUGUCUUUAAUACCAACGUGGUCUUCGAUCGUGAGGGAGUGGUGGUGUCCAGAUACCGAAAGGUUCACCUGUACGGCGAGGCCAAAAAUAACACCUACAUGCCGGAAUUGAGUACUUUCGAAACGGACUUCGGAGUGACCUUCGGGCACUUCAUCUGCUUCGACAUCCUGUUCUAUACGCCAGCCCAUCAGCUAAUCGAAGAGCAGGGUAUCACAGACUUUGUUUACCCGGCCAUGUGGUUCUCCCAACUGCCCUUCCUUACAGCUGUUCAGAUCCAACAGGGUUGGGCUUAUGUCAACGAUGUGAAUCUUCUGGCCUCUGGAGCUAGUCGCCCAUCGAUUGGUAACAGUGGUUCUGGCAUUUACCAUGGACGUUCUGGCACUUUGGUCAGUGUUAUGAGUCAGGAUUCGGGUCAGAGAACCAUCUAUGUGGCCCAGGUGCCCAAGUAUACUCGCAGUAAGGCAAUCCAAAAGCGCAAGAGAAGGAGUACGCCGGAGAUCAAGAACCGACAGGUUGCCUCGACUAGCAGUUUCUAUAUGAAGCGAGAUUACCUGCAAAACUACGAGUCUGAGAUACUUCAGGUGGAUCAGGGUACUAGUGGUGCUAUUAAUAGAACCAUAUGUCAGGGAAGCUUUUGCUGUAACUUCGAUCUAGCCUGGAGAUCCUUGGAGGGUACCGUAGAGAAUGGUAGCUUCUAUACCUAUCGGUUGGGAACCUAUGACGGUUGGCGCAACGAGCAGCAAGUGGAUGCCAAUUAUAUUCGUAAUUGCGGAUUGUUCACAUGUUCUGGUGAUUCUAUUGAUGAUUGUGGUAAGCUUUUGCCCACUGACGGAGAGCUGCAGCAGUCUCGUGUGGCUUUCACACGCCUGGAGAUUGCAGUCACCUAUCCAGAGUCCCGGGAAUUCCUACUGAUUCCCGACACCCUGCUGGAUAAUCUCUUGCCCUUGGAACCGAAUCAGUUUGUGUGGUCACAGGAGAAGCCCACAGAAGAUAGCUACGUGCAUGAAGUGCGCUUCGCCCUUAAGGAGUCCCAGGAGCUGAGUAACCUUUUGACCUUCGCUGUCUAUGGUAAUUACUAUGACAACGAGUGCACCUUUGGUGUGGGCACUGAGGAGGAGCAACUAUCCUGUGGUUACAGAAGUGGAGCUGCAAGGCUAACGAACCUUGGGGGAUGGCUUAUGAUGCCGCUGGUUAUCCUGCUUCUUGCCUCGGUCAAGGCUUGAGGAGAUCAAAGUUCUAUAUUUAUCUAAGGGUCUUAUCUUAGGGAAGGCCCUUGAUUUUUUUUUUUUGUAACUUAUAGCUCGAUAAUAACAGUAUUUAUAAAAUUAAAAACUAAUUUAAUAA